GCCGCUCGGCCCUUUAAACCUUUCAGGGCUGCUCCGAGGGCCGCAGCUGGAGACGGCGCCACGCGGGGGUCGAGCAGAGCACGGCGGCGGCCGCGGGGCGCUCCGGGGAGGCCCUGGCAGCUGAUGAUUUUGGUGAAGUAUCUGAAGGUAGCCGGGCCGGCCCCCUCUUCCCCACCUACCUCUUAUCCUCCCCCCCACACCACCACCACCCUGGCUCCCCUCCCUCAUGACCGCCUGGAUCCUCCUUCCUGUCAGUCUGUCAGCAUUCUCCAUCACUGGCCUAUGGACUGUGUAUGCCAUGGCCGUGAUGAACCGCCACGUAUGCCCCGUGGAGAACUGUCUAUUCUCUGUCCUGCCUACCAGGUCCUACAACGAGUCCUGCUUUCCUGACCCCACUGAGCAAGGGGGUCCCAAGACCUGCUGCACCCUGGACGAUGUCCCCCUCAUCAGCAAGUGCGGCACAUACCCCCCAGAGAGCUGCCUCUUCAGCCUCAUUGGCAACUUGGGUGCUUUCAUGGUGGCCCUGAUCUGCCUCCUGCGCUACGGGCAGCUUCUGGAGCAGAGUCGUCAUUCCUGGGUUAACACAACAACGCUCAUCACAGGCUGCACCAAUGCUGCAGGCCUUCUGGUGGUCGGCAACUUCCAGGUGGAUCACGCUAAGUCUCUGCACUACGUCGGAACUGGUGUGGCCUUUUCCGCCGGGCUGCUCUUUGUCUGCCUGCACUGUGCCCUGUCCUACCAUGGGGCCACCGCCCCCCAGGACCUGGCUAUGGCCUACCUGCGGAUUGUGCUGGCAGCCAUUGCCUUUGUCACACUGAUCCUCAGUGGUGUCUUCUUUAUCCACGAGAGUUCUCACCUGCAGCACGGGGCAGCCCUGUGCGAGUGGGUGUUUGUCAUCGACAUCCUCAUUUUCUAUGGCACCUUCAGCUAUGAGUUUGGGGCAGUCUCCUCUGAGACGGUGGUGGCUGCAUUGCAGCCUGCCCCUGGCCGGGCGUGCAAGUCCUCCGGGAGCAGUAGCACCUCCACUCACCUCAACUGUGCCCCUGAGAGCAUCGCCAUGAUCUGAGGUCUGGGGAGGGUGGCUGGCCAGGCCUCCACAGCUGCCCGCCCCAUAUCUUCUUUGCAUUUAUUUUGUACCAAAAAUGAUUUUAAGAAAGUAUUCUGUUGGGAUAUAAGCUUCCUCACUCCUGAAGGAGUGGCCAUCCCACAUCCACCUGUGCCAUAGAGGAGCGGACCCUGGCAGCUGCCUGAGCUGCACACAACCCACUUCCCCACUCUGCAGUGUUGUUUUUAUGUUUAAAGGUCACGUAUCCUCAUUCACCCAGCCAGCCCUUCAGGUGCCUUCUACUCCCCAGUGCUGAGGCCAGACCACUGGGGUUUCCUGCGGCAGGAAUUGGGGGCUGGGAACAGCAAGAGGGAUAGAAGUUGGGGGGUGGGGGGCUGUGAGCACAUCUUAGUUGUGGGAAGGCCCACUUCUGGGCCCACUGAGUUGGACUGGGAUUCUUCACUCUGCCCCUUACUUUCUUUAGGGCAAAUAACACAGCAGAACCUGGAUAUUUUAGUACUUUUUUUUUUUAUAUCUAUUAAAAGAAUUCUAAUUUGCAUGUUUGUAGUCUGUUCUGGAGAGUCAGAGAGGGCCUGAUCAAGCAUGGCUUUCCCUAGGCAAAGGAUGGGAGGAGGCCCCUGCCCCAGGGAGAGUCUUGACUGCCCAGUGCUCUUCGAGAGCAGGGCUGCCAAGAACAAAGAUGCCAAGUGCUAUCCAAAUACCCCACCAGGGCGGGAAACCCUUUCUGGGCCUUUAAACAGUCUAAAGAACUGAUCUGGUCUCAUCACUUCACAUUUCCUUCCCCUGUUCAGAGUCCAGUUUGAAGUUUGAUUCCUUAGUAGGG